GAGUCAUGCACCUUAUACCAUACACUCAAUUGCCUUCUACAAUCUUCCCUUUCAUACCAUAUAAUGGAGAUUGGACAUCUAAUCGUUUUAGCUUUAUUAUGUGUAACUCUCAAGGGAGCUGAUGCGUCGCAAUCCGCGAAAGAUUAUUGGCACUCCGUUUUUCCAAACACUCGUCUGCCCAAGCCUCUCUGGGAUCUAGUGUUGCCUUCCCCUAAAACAAAUAUGCCUAUUAAAGUCGAAGAAGAGAAGCAGUAUUGGACUCUCUUUUUUGAGCAUGACCUUCAUCCUCGCAAGAUAAUGCACUUGGGCCUCCACAAGCACAAUGAUACAAAAAAUUCCACAAUAAGCUCAUGGGCUAGAACAACAAGUCAACCUUUUGGAGCAUGGUUACACGCAAAAGUAGAAGAGAGAUAUAAUCUUGACGAGGUUUGUGGGAAAACAGCUGCUAAAGGAGAAGAAAAGUUUUGUGCAACAUCCUUGCAAUCAAUGAUGGGUUUCGCCAUUUCGAAACUUGGGAAGAAUAUUAAGGCGAUUUCAAGUUCCUUUGCCCAAGAUCACGAUCAAUAUGUUGUUGAGGAAGUGAACAAAAUUGGAGAAAAAGCUGUUAUGUGUCAUAGACUCAACUUUGAAAAUGUUGUGUUUUAUUGCCACCAAAUCAAUGCAACAACAACUUAUAUGGUUCCUUUGGUAGCAUCUGAUGGAACUAAAGCUAAGGCACUAACUAUUUGCCACCAUGAUACAAGAGGCAUGGAUCCUAUUGUGGUUUAUGAAGUUCUCAAAGUUAAGACUGGAACCGUGCCUGUUUGUCAUUUUGUUGGCAACAAGGCUAUUGCUUGGGUACCCAAUCUAGUCACUAGUGAAUCUUGUGUGGUCUAGUUGCUAUAUAUUUUGUUGUACACUAGUUUUCAUUUAUGUUUUUUAUUUUUUUUUUUAAAUUGUACACACUGGUUGAGGACUUACAUGUUGGAACUUGACUUAUGUUAAAGUGAUGUCUAUGUAUGGAGUAUCUUCCAUGUAUUUCAAAUAAAUGGUUCUUUUUUACCAUUCUA